GUACCCGCCUGUUAGACAGCCUCAUCAGCAACACCAAAUGUGUUCGCGCUGAAACCACGACAGCUGGAUCACGAUAACCUCACCUCGGCAGCCGGGCUCUUCCACGAGCGCACCGGCCUAUUCCACCUCAAGCAGACGGCGCCUUCCGAGCCUCAUCCCCCACGUUAUCUUGCCGAGCGCCCGCAGAGGCGAUACGCACAACCACGAUCCCACCCAUCUUCCCCGCAAAACCUGUUAAGAUAGCACUUGGCAUGGCUGCCACGCUAUUUAUCAGACCCACUGAUAAGGUUACAUCCUUUGGACGGAGCUGUGAUCAUCGCUGUCUUUUGCCAUGUAUCAAUCAUCCUCGACCAGUAUAUCAGGGAGCCCUGUCCGCCGGUCGGACAUGGCUGUACAUUGAUUGUCCUGCGACAACAACAACAAAACCCUCACUCGACAGCGGCUUCAGCAGGUUCGCCGCUUCAAUAACCGCCAUCGCAACACACGAUGUCUUCCCUACCAGGCGCCACGCCCUCGCGGCCUCUCAUCCAGCGGGUCGUCAAGUCCGUCACGACAAAGGAGGGUCUCAUCGGCACAUAUGACUACAAGGCUCUCUUCACGCCCAACAUCCCCUUCAUCCGCCGCCGCGUGAUGAGCAGCCCCUUCUUCGGCCUGCACGACCGGAUGCCCCUCCUCUUGGCGACUCUGCUCGGAUUCCAACAUGCCCUGGCCAUGCUGGCGGGUGUUAUCACCCCUCCGCUGAUCCUCGCCGGCGAGGGCGGUGCCAACCUCGAGCUUCGGCAGCAGCAGUAUCUCGUCUCCACGGCCCUGAUCGUGUCUGGCAUCCUCUCUGCCGUGCAGAUCACGCGAUUCCACAUCUGGGGCACCCCGUACUACAUCGGCACGGGUCUCCUGUCUGUCGUGGGCGUCUCCUUCACCGUCAUCCCCAUCGCCCAGGGCGCCUUCUCGCAAAUGUACAGCAAUGGAUUCUGCCCUACCAUGGAUGACGGAACUCCCCUGCCUUGCCCCAAGGGCUAUGGGGCUAUCCUCGGUACCUGUGCUGUCUGUGCGCUUCUCGAGAUAGGACUCUCGUUCAUACCGCCAAAGGUCCUCCUCAAGAUGCUUCCGCCCAUCGUCACCGGACCGACUGUCAUGCUCAUUGGCGUCAAGCUCAUCCAGUCAGGCUUCCAGAACUGGAUGGGCGGCAGUGGCCUCUGCGCUUCCGAGUCCACCGCCACCGGCUUCUUCGCCAAGUGUCCCAACAUUGAGGCACCCCAUGCCCUCCCCUGGGGAGUGCCCGAGUACCUGGGACUCGGUUUCUCCGUCUUCCUGACCAUCAUCAUCUGCGAGCGCUUCGGCAGCCCCAUCAUGAAGAGCACCAGCGUCGUCAUCGGCUUGCUGGUGGGUUGCAUCAUCGCAGCCGCGACGGGGUACUUUGACCGCUCGGGUAUCGACGCUGCACCGGCCGGAUCGUUCAUCUGGGUUGAGACAUUCCCUCUGUCGAUCUACCCGCCGCUGGUCCUGCCCAUAUUGGCACUGUACAUUAUCGUCGCGACUGAGGCCAUUGGCGACAUCACCGCGACCUGCGACGUGUCCCGACAGGACGUCGACGGCGGUCUCUACGAGUCCAGGAUCCAGGGUGGUAUCCUCGCGGAUGGCCUGGCCGGCUGCUUCGCCGCCUUGAUGACCAUCACGCCCAUGUCUUGCUUCGCCCAGAACAACGGCGUCAUUGCUUUGACGAGGUGUGCGAAUCGACGCGCAGGCUACAUGUGCUGCUUCUUCCUGAUCCUCAUGGGCGUGCUGGCCAAGUUCGCGGCAGCCCUGGUGGCCAUCCCCUCGCCCGUCCUCGGCGGCAUGACAACCUUCCUCUUCUGCGCCGUGACCGUGUCGGGCAUGUCCAUCGUCGCGCGGCCCCACGACGCCUUCAACCGCCGGUCCCGCUUCAUCCUGACGGCUGGCCUGGCGCUCGGCUACGGCGCGACGCUGGUGCCCAACUACUUUGACAAUGUCUUCUCCUACUCGGGCGACAACCGUGCGCUGCAGGGGUUCCUGGACGCCAUUACACUCGUCAUGAGCACCGGCUUCGCCGUCACCGCAUUUGUUUGCAUGAUCCUGAACCUGCUGCUGCCGUUCGAGAUCGAGGAGGAUCUCCAGGGCACCGUCAGCGAGAACAGUACGCAGGACGAGGUCCAGCCGCAGGGGGACAAGCAGGUUUGAAAAAAAAAAAAAAAAAGUCGUUAUUUAGCCAGGAUACAUCCAAUCCAAAAUCAUACUUAUUUUUAAUGCUGCCUUAAUCACCUCCUCUUGCCCUUUUGUACCGAUUCUGCUGAAAGUUAUACGCCGCCUUUAUGUAGGUUUGAUGUUCCCGAGCUUUGAAAUACUGGCAGUCAUCUUCAUACGCCCCGACGCAGUCCUCAAGGGGCUACACUGGCACUAGUUCUCGGUACUGGAUUUAUGAUGCCAUGUUCUUUGAGCCUGCAAUAGGCUUCUUUGCAUAUUUGCCUGCAGCUCUAAUGCUUUCGCAGGUCCCAUUAUCAAUCGCUG